AUGUCUCCGAACUAUACCCGACUGACGGGAGCCCUGCUCAGCGGGUUUCUGCUCCUGCAACCCGCCUCAGCAGUGCCAGGCCGGAUGUACCCCAGAGCAUCGUCCACGUCGUCAGCAUCACCUUCCCCGUCCGCAACUGGGGUCUGCAACGGCAACGCCGACUUCUGUAACCGGCCCUACUCAAAUAUGACCUUCGUGGGCUCGCACGACUCGCCCUUCGUUGGAUCCCUGCCGCAGCAGAACCAGAAUAUCAACAUUACCGCGCAGCUAGACAUGGGCAUCCGGUACCUGCAAGCCCAAACCCACCACUCCAUCACUGAUGAUAGCGUCCUGGAGCUGUGCCACACCUCCUGCUGGCUCGAGGAUGCAGGCACGCUGCAGUCGUACCUGGAGACCCUCAAGAGCUGGCUCGAUGCGAACCCGAACGAUGUCCUGACCCUCCUCUUGACGAAUGGUGAUAAUGUCGACAUCUCCGAGUUUGGGGAUACCUUCUCCGCCGCCGGGUUGGACAGCUACGCUUUUGUGCCCGCGGCCGCUGGUGAUACGCUUGGUAUCAGUGAUUGGCCAACUCUAGGAAGUAUUAUCUCGGGAGGAAAGCGACUAGUUGUGUUCCUGGACUACGGCGCCGACACAAACACGGUAAAUUACAUCAACGAUGAGUUCGCCUACUACUUCGAGACGCCCUACGACGUGACCGACUCUUCCUUCUCGAACUGCAGCAUCGACCGACCACCCGGUGCAUCUUCUGAAGGUCGCAUGUAUAUUAUAAAUCACUUCUUAGAUGUCGACAUCGCCGGCGCUGAUAUCCCGGACCGCGGCGCUGCUGCCCACACCAACGCCGCGUCAGGCGAUGGUAGUAUCGGAGCUAAUGCUGCUGAGUGCGAGGGGUUGUAUGGCCGUGCGCCGAAUGUUGUGCUGUGUGACUUUGUGGAUAAGGGGCAGCUGAUGCAGGCCCAGUCAAAUAUGGAUAGCCUUUGA